AUGCCGCGCGAUUCAUUCUCAAGCCCGCAGCCCAUUUUCAGAGGCAGGAUUAUAGCUGCAGCCGGUCCCCUCCCAGACAACAACAAAGUAGAAAACUUCAAAAACUGGACCAAGCUACGCAAGGGCGAGUUCAGAACCACCUUCGACGAGAGUGUCACUCACCUUCUCUGCUCCGAGGAACAGUUCAACGCCCAUAACCCGAUUGGUUUCAUGACUCCGACCCAACCUCCAGCCUUUUUAAGCCACAAGCUCAAGUGCCACAUCGUCCGCUAUGAGUGGUUCCUCCUCUCCAUGGGUGGCAGGGAAGCGCGACAGCCCGAAGAAGACUACGACCUCCGCGCCAAGUACAACAAGAAGAAGGAAAAGGAGCGAAGAACGGUUAGACUCGAGAAGGGGAAACGACUGGCGAAGCGCUUCAUCGACCCUAACCUUUACCAAAUCUUCGACGACGACCUGCUAUUCCCAUACAGAAUCGAGCUAACUCGCCUUACUGCCCAUGACUCAGAGGCAGACCCGGAGAAAGAACAGCUGGAGACGUAUACACUCUACCUCUACAAGUCCAAGGCCAAGCCGCAUCUAUACUGGUUCGCAGCGAAAUAUUCCAAGUGUAAAGGCGAUGCCCAGCCGCACUACUAUCGAGAGACGGAUUUUCCCACGCUGCAAAACACUCAGAUGGACGCGUUUAGAGCCUUUUUCAAGCUCAAGACGGGGAUUCCUUGGCCGGAACGAAUCAUUAGACAGGCUACCAUGCCCGCUGAAUAUUUCCAGUACACGGCCCCGACGGGUGGCAAGUCCACCGGACGGGACAAGCUAUGGUCUCGCUACUUUUGCUUCGAGUUGAAUAGGGCGCUAAGGGGGCCACCCCUGGACAAGAUUGCCACGAGUGAGGGUCAGGAACAAGGUGUGUCUGGUACAGGUGACGAUCAGGAUGGACGCAGUUCUCAGAGUGGCGACUCUGAAGGGCUAUUCGGUCGUGAUAUGGACAUUGAGUCCAAUGACGAGGUUCGAGACCCUCGUCACAAUCGAGACAAAGCAAUAUGA